AUGGGGUCGCAUGGAAAAUCAGAUUCUGAUUUCCUACAUCCAAACAGAGAUUUCCCGACCGAGUUAUACCGCCACCCAUCUCUUGAACGCAAGGGGAGACCCGACAAAAGGGGGAGGGCAAGUAAGCCUAAGGUCAAAUCGGGUUGCAUCACUUGCAAGACCCGGCGAGUAAAAUGUGAUGAGACGAAGCCCGAGUGCCUUCGCUGUCAAAGGUUUGGUCGUCCUUGCGACGGCUACGCUCCUGAUGCUUCUCGAUCACGAAGUGUGAGCCACAUACGCCCUCGCUCGUCUUCUACAAGCCUAUACUCCCCAACCAUAUCUAUUCAUGGUGCCGACGAAGAGAGCCGUUACUUCCAAGUGUUUGCGGAACGCACCGUCUAUGAAAUCCCUGGUUUCUUUGAUGGUACUCCUUCUAGCACUUUUUGGAGCCAGCUCGUUCUACAGGAAAGCCACCAUGUGAGCGCUAUUCGACACGCUGCUAUAUCCCUUGGGGCUCUUAGCAAGGGGUUGGAGGAUGCCCCUCCGCCGCAUCUGAAAUCUAAUGUCUUCCAGAAUAUCAGUGGGAAGCAUCACGAAUAUGCUGUUCUCCAACAUAUCAAGGCGAUCAAAGCCCUAAAUCAAUACAUAUCAUCAUCACCCUCUCCACAGCUGAGGAGUGCACUUAUUACAUGUGUGCUAUUCAUUUGUUUUGAAGCUUCCCAAGAGAGCAAAGCGUCGUGUAUCCAGCAGACUCAAGCCGGCCUCAAGAUGCUCAGGAGCUAUUACACUCGAAAACCACAAUCGAGAUCUACGACACCGACGCAGGCUGUACAAAGCCAAUGGGAUGUGUCUAUGUUGUCAGGACAGUCCCGUCAACACAGGCAAACCCAGAUGGCUGAUGAUAACAUGGGAGAAAGAGCUGUGGCGACACAUAUCGAUGACUACCGUGAGGCCGAGCUAACAGUCCAACUAGAUGUCGGAUUCGAAUCCCGCAGAACUUCAUCCGAAAUAAGAUCUAGCUCCCUGACCCUCGGUCUAAUGGGGGAAUAUAUGAACCCUCAAAGCCCGACAAUAGGAAUCGAUACCAACAGUGAAGGACAAAAUAUGGGUCCGGUAUAUUCACCUCGUAAUUAUCUGAACGCUUUGCCUAGCAACGCCUCAGAUCUUAGUUGGGAAGCGGUCUCCGAAUAUAGCCCAUCCUCUUUCGCCGUUGGAGAUCUCGCCCCCAAAUUUUCCAUCUCAGCCGCCUCAUCCCCACUCACAGAAGCACCUCCAUCCCGUCCACUCUCAGUCCCUUUACCAACGACUCCACUACCAUCCCCAACACAAAGAAGGUCGCUCCUGUUGCGCGCCCCGACCCCGCCUCUCCUCCAAAGCGAUAUUGCCAUUGAGGAUAUCGUGGUUCAAACUUUUAUAAGGGCAAAUGGGCAAGGGUUCUUCUACAAUACGAUGUCUUGUACUCCUCCUUUGGCCUGGGAUUUGAAUAACGUUCACCGCAUACCGAUACCCAACAUAUUCCCGAAUUUCCAUGCUGCCCACCUCUGCUGGGAUUUCUUGAUGGAUCGGGCGUUGCAAUUUGUCACCCUGACCAGAUAUAACCGAUUAUACGUCCCGAGCGCUAACGAACCUCCCGAAAUAAUCUCGCACCAACUCCUGUCCUUGCAGAAUGAGCUUUCGGCUUUCGAGACAGCAUUCCGUCCGAUUCUUGACAAAGCCAUCCUACCCGAUGGCACAGUUGCUAACCCGGCUGCGCUCACUAUCUCCUUAUACCAGAAAUGCACCGCCAUAGCAAUAACAGUUAUGCCCGACGACUCUGAAAUGUUAUAUGACUAUUGCCUCCCACAUUUCAUAUAUAUCGUUCGAACUUGCCGGAUUCUGGCUGGUUUGCAUGAUACCGCACGACUGCCGCGUAUGCCACGCUUUAGCUUCGACGUCGGAAUCGUCCCUCCCCUCCAUUUCACCGCGACAAAAUGCCGAGACCCCAUCAUUAGGCGCGAGGCUGUCGAUUUGCUCUUCUCUUAUCCUAGACACGAAGGAAUAUGGGAUGGAAUUCUCAGUGCGCGAUUGGGUCGUUGGAUUAUUGCCUGUGAAGAAGAGGGACUUGAUUUAUCAGGACUUCCGGUACGGGUUUCUAAAAUGCCUGGCCUGUGGGAACGACAACACCCGGAAGAGGAAUACCAUUAUCCAAUUCCACAGCCUAUCAGUGGUACUUCAGAUCCUGAGUGCCCACGGGAUUGUGGGCAAGCUAUAUCCGAGACCAUUGACAAGAUGACUGCAGUCGGAAUAAAGGAGUAUGAGCUGAUUCGCGAUGGAGGUGGUUUAGUCAAUAAUUCUGGGAUACCGCCACAUUCCGGGUUCGAGAGUUCGGUACAUAACAGAAAGGGAAAAGAGCGCAUGAGUCAGGAUAACUUGUCGUUCGCCCCGGAAGAGAGUAGGGUACGGGUCGGAGGGGUGGACUACCAUAUAGCAGAUCGGUAUAUUAAAGUUUGCUGUCAGAGGGUGAUGCCGAGAGCUGACGAUACGAUAAAGGCGAGGGAAACGGUCCUGGCUUGGUGA